AUGAUGUUCUCUUUCCCUCUGUUACUGGUGAGCAUCUGGUUUUCUGCCAUGCAGGCCAAGCAAUUCACAAAAUGUUCACUGUCUCAGGAGCUGAAUGACCUUGCUGGCUAUCGAAACAUCACUUUGCCUGAAUGGAUCUGUAUCAUAUUUCACAUCAGUAGUUAUGACACACAAACCAUAGUGAAAAACAAUGGCAAUAUGGAGUAUGGACUUUUCCAGAUAAGUGAUAAAGAUUUCUGUGAGAGCAGCUGGACCCUUCAGUCAAGCAACACCUGUGACAUAUCCUGUGACAAGUUCUUGGAUGAUGACCUUACUGAUGACAUAAUGUGUGUCAAGAAGAUUCUGGAUAUCAAAGGAAUUGACCACUGGUUGGCCCACAAACCACUCUGCUCUGACAAGCUGGAACAGUGGUACUGCAAGGUUUUUUGAGUGCCUGCCGUCUUUUGACACUGCUGUCCUCUCCAUACAUCCAGAACUCCUCUUCUCUCAUGCUACCUCAGUUUGUCUCUUUUUACCCCAAAGAUGAUUUGUCUCUGAGCCCUGGAUCCUGUAGUGAUGCUGUUUGACUCUUGAGGACUGUUCUCUAACCCUGCAUGUCCGGUACAUUGGACUUCAGACACCUGCUCAGUGCCCCUGAUGGCACUUUAACUAGACCAACA